AUGAUUAGCUCCGCAAAUUUACGAAUAUUAUCGAGAUCUGCGCAAUGCGCACUAGGAGCCGUGAACAGUGAGGGAAUGAUUGUUCAGCAGAAAAGAAGACUGGGAAGGAGGAUGCCGAAACAAGGAAAACCACCAAUUUUACCACCAUCAAAGAAGGUACUUUAUCACGUCGUUCAUGCUCCAUGGCAGAAACCAGAAGACGUUGAGCAGAGUCUAUGGCAAAGACACGUUUACAAUAAUGCAGUCAUCUCGCUCCGUGAAAUUUUUCGUCAAGAGCUGCAGCAAAACGCCUCUAUUGGUCGCGGUAUCGAUUCAAUGAAGGAAGCAGAGGCUAAGGAGCUGGAUGAGCUCAUUUCUGCAAAUGAGAGGAAGAAUAAAGCGAAGGCAGCAGAACGUGCAGCCCGUGAAAGUGAAAACGAAAAAGAAGCUAAAAAUGUUAUCCUCGCGGAAAUCGAAGAAUCUUUAGCAAAAAGGAACGCAGAAAAGAAAGCAGCUGAACAAGAGGUUCUUGCUGCAAUUGAAAGAAGCAAAGAAUUUGUUACUCGCGAGAAUCUUGAAUCGAAGAUUUUGGAAGCUCUUGAAAAACCAGUUGUUUACGAUUUUGCCAUCGAUAUCAAAGGAAAUAAGUACUUUAAUCCGGAACCAGUUAAAUAUCAAGAAGGAACUCCAACUAGACAGAAAGGACGUUUGUAUGAUCGGACUUUGUCAAUAAAUCAGUCCAAUAUUGUCGAAGAAGCUGCUCCACACGUCGAUGAGAUUCCUACGGACGAGACCUCUAAGAGAGAUGUUUAA